AUGAGCUGUAGACAAAGUUCAUCUUACUCCUUUCGAACCCGCAGCAGUGGAGGAGGAGGAAGCCUGAAAGGUUCUGGAGGGGGGAGUUGCGGCAUGAGGGCCUCUUCAUCCAGCCGAUUUGGAUCUGGUGGCAUGGGAGGAGGAGGAGGAAGAUUUUCUUCAGGCAGCAGUUAUGGCAGGAGUGGUGGCAGCAGUGGGGGAUCCUGUGUCAUGCGUAGUGGAGGUGGCUCCAGUUUUGGGGGUGGCUAUGGUGGUGGUGGUAUAGGAGGCUCCAGCUUUGGAAGUCACUCAAGCUAUAGCAUGUCUGGGGGCUUUAGCAGUGGUUCUUCUGGUGGCUUUGUGGGUGGUGGCAUGGGAGGCUUUGGAGGUGGCAUGGGGGGCUAUGGUGGUGGCAUGGGGAGCUUUGGUGGUGGCAUGGGGGGCUAUGGUGGUGGCAUGGGGGGCUAUGGUGGUGGCAUGGGAGGUGGCGAUGGUGGCCUCUUGAAUGGUGGAGAGAAGGCUACUAUGCAAAACCUCAAUGAUAGACUAGCUACCUACAUGGACAAGGUGCGUUCCCUGGAGGAUAGCAAUGCAGAGCUGGAGAAAAAGAUUAGGAAUUGGUAUGACACCCAUGGUCCCAAAACAGUUUAUAAGGACUAUUCUCACUACUACAAGACCAUCAAGGACCUCAAGGACCAGAUUCACAAUGAAACAAUGGAAAACAACAAAGUCAUCCUGGAUCUCGACAACAGCCGCAUGACCCUUGAGGACUUCAGAAUGAAGUAUGAGAUGGAGCUGAAUUUCAGACAAGGAGUGGAAGCAGAUUGCAAUGGCCUGAGAGCUGUUCUGGAUGAUUUCACCUUGCGAAGGGCUGAUCUUGAGAUGCAAUAUGAGACUCUGCAGGAUGAACUGCAAUCCCUCCAGAAGAAUCAUGAGGCGGAGAUGAAUGGAUUGACUGGGCAGAACACUGGUGAUGUCAAUGUGGAGAUGAAUGCUGCCCCCAGUAUGGAUCUGACCAAGACCCUGAAUGAAAUGCGGGAACAAUAUGAGCGUAUUGUUGAACAGAACCGCAAGAAACUUGAGGAUCAAUAUGAGUCUCAGAUGACUCAAAUAAGCCAAGAGGUGACAAUCAGCAGCCAGCAGAUAGAGACCAGCAACAAGGAGCUGAUUGAGACCCGACACACUCUCCAGAGCCUGGAGAUUGAACUACAGUCCCAACUCAGCCAGAAAGCUGCCCUGGAGAAGACUCUGGAGGAUACGAAAAACCAGUAUUGUAUCCAGCUGUCCCAGCUCCAGAACCAGAUCUGUGAAGUGGAAGCCCAGUUGAAUGAUAUUCGAGCAGAGAUGGAAUGUCAGAGCCAGGAGUACAACAUCCUGCUGGAUGUGAAAACAAGACUAGAGAGGGAAAUUGCUACCUACCGUAACCUGUUGGAGGAAGGACAGCAAGACAUUGCCUCAGGUUCUGGAUCCGGAGGAAGGGGAAGAGGUGGUGGAGGUAGAGGUGGCAGUGGAGGCAAAGGUGGCAACUGGUAUGGAGGAGAAAGUGGAAGUGGAGGUGGAUAUGGUGGUGAGAGUGGCAGUGGAGGAAGAGGAGGCAGUGGACAUGGUGGAGGAGGAAGUGGAAGUGGUGGCAAAGGUGGCAGCAGUGGACAUGGUGGAGGAAGUGGAAGUGGUGGCAGACAAGAUGGCGAGAGUGGCAGUGGAGGAAGAGGCGGUGGCAGCUCUGGAAGUGGCCAACAUUCAUCCUCCUCCCAGUCUGGCUCUUACCAUUCCCAGGGUGGCUAUGAUGAUUAA